AUGGUAAUAAUUAUGUCUGGUGCAGUUCAAUCUGAGGUUAUGCAUAUCCUCCCAAAACGCAAACGAGGGCCACCUCCUACUUUAAAAAUGCCUACUCUACAAGUCUCUGAAGUCCCAGAAGCUCCAACUACUAGUACAAUAAUCCAAAUUUCCCCGAAUUUUUACAUAUCAGGGUACAACUCAGCAACAAAUUCCCAAAGUCUUGUCUCAGAAGGAAUAACUCACAUUUUAAACCUUGUGGGAGAAGAAAAGUGCCCAAAUCGCUUCCCUGGGCGAUUUACUUACAAAAAUUUGAAAAUCCCUGACAACCCGAAAAUCGACAUACUUUUCUUCAUAUAUUUUGCAAUUGAAUUUAUUUCUUCUGCAAUUGAGCAUGGAGGGAAGGUUUUAGUGCAUUGCUUGAGAGGAAUAUCAAGAGCACCUACUAUUGCUUGUGCUUUCUUGAUGCACGCAGAAGGGAUAGGAGAAUCAGAAGCUUUUAGGAGAAUUAAAAACUUGCACCCAUUAGCUGAUCCGAAUUUAGGAUUUAUGUGCCAAUUGAGGAUGUUUAGAGAAAGAGAGGAAAGAAAAAUGUUCAGGUAUUCCGAAAAAUAUGAUAUGUUUAUUAAUAGGCUGCAUUAAAAUUAUAAAAAAAAUUUUUUUUUUUUGAAAUUGUAUUUAUAAUAAGGAUUUUUUGGCCUAUUAAUGCUAGCGGAAAUGGGAAUUUAGAGCUAAUGAUCGAUGACGAUGUACUUACAUUGACGAAAAGAGAAAACUGUAGAGGAAGAGAAAAUGAUUGCGGAGUAGAGUGCGCUAGACUAUGGGAGAAGUUUAAAGGGAGGCAAGUCUACCAAAUACAAAUCCAAUAA